UAUUGGAAGUGACGUCGGUCGGUCGGGCGUUAGGAAAGUGGUCAAAUGUGUUUAAACGGCAAAUAAAUAAAAUUUACAAUAAUACAAUAACGUCAAAAGAACUAUAGAUUGCAGGAUAAAUUGUGUGCAGUUGUGAAUAAGUUGUUAGAGUUUGAGUUAGGUCAGUGGAAAAGUAGCCCGACCUCACUGCGAUUCGUUUAAGUCAUUAAGCCAUUGUGGGCUGAUUAGAUGUACAUAUUCUUUUUAUAUUAAAACAUUUAUUGAUUUGUCGUAGCCUUGCUUUCAUCAAUUGCAAAUUUACAAUAAUAAUAAAUGAAUGCCAACUUGGCACUAUAGAAUCGGGUGUGUAAAUUGCUUUGCAGUGCCGAAGAGAACCUAAAUAAUAUACAUGGAAUUCAAAAAGAAAGCCGUUAGAAAGUUAUUAAGUGAAAUAAUGUAAAGUUGUUUAGCCGCUAUUUACAGUAAAAAUCGGUUUAGAAUAAUUUAAAGAAAACCCAAUCGAAAAGAAGUUUCGGUCAAUUGGCCGUGCUGGCAAACCGGUAUGCAUCGAUGCACGGGGCAGCAUAAUUACGGGCAAUGGCAAUGUAAUAUUUUUCUUUUUAAGGAAACAUCUAUAUUGCCUUCAUUAUAGAUAUUUGACUAUUAAUGCAAUUUUCGGUAAAUCGACUGUGAAAAAUCGAUGUGCUGCAAUUUUCAUUUCUUUUCUCAUAUUCGCCUACGUUCGCCACCAUUUUUGUGUUUGAUGUUUAGCAGCAGCAGCUACAGCAACAACGAAAUAGCAAGAAAAAAGGAAAACAAAGCAACAAACCAUAAACAGCUGCAGAGAACAGCUGUGCAUUGCAAGAGAGUAGUUAAUUGGAAUAAAGAAAAAGAAACAUUUGAACCAAAAUAAUAACAAACGUUAUUAGAGCGCCACUCAGUAUCAAGAAAAAACAAAAAAGUAUCAUUUGAAAGUGAUUUUGAGCGCUGUUCAUUUGCUUCCCAAAUAUAACGACUUGAGUUAACGGAAAACCAAUUUUUCCAAUUUAAAUAUUCAAAAACGCUUUGCAUAUUCAUACUAAUUUGCCAAUAAUUUGAGUUCAAGUUUAAAGGAAGAUUCUGUUGGCAAUUACGUUGUGUUCAUUAGUUUUUGCAAUUCCUGCAGUGUAAAAAAGAGCGCCUUAUAUAUUUGUGAUUUGAAUACAUAGAAUAAUUAAAAAAAAAAUCCCUUGUGGCCUAAAAAAUUAAUAUUAAUUACAAGGUAUCAGCUUAACGCUGCAGUGAUAUAAGCUCCAUACAUUAGCGUUCGUUUAAUCCAUACCGGAGGUGGAGCACUGCGUGUUUAUAAGCUACGGAAAUUUUCCAAAGUUCAUCGAAUAUGUUUGUGCAAUUUUUAAAGCAGUUAUGUUGGAAUAUCGUUUAAUUUUUGUGUUUGACUUUACUGACGCGUCGAGCGACUGACCGAAGCAAGCCAAGUGAGCGAGAUGGAUGCAGCAGGAAAUUUUUCUUAGUUUUAUUUAUAAUUUUGGAGCAAAUUUCCAUACAACAUGGCGUUUUGCAUUAACAACAUCUAACGGAUAAGCACCAAAGUUUAUCCAUAAAAAUGCCUAAUAAAAAACCAGUCAUCGUUUUUUGAGGUUGAAAGGUCUUUGAAGGUCUUGACAGCAACCGUCGACGGCGGAUCGAAAGCGAAAGCGAGAAAAACGUCUUAGCAGAAGUGCUGAAGUGCAGCAAUAAUAACUUUCUAUUAUUUGCUGCAAUCAGUACGAAAUAAAAUAACCGUUAACUAGCAACACCUCUAACAUAUCUUUGUUAAACCAAAUCAGCCAAAAUGAUCCCAACCACAGUCAGCAGUUCCCCAUCCACCACUACCGUUAGCGGUAUCACCGUCAAUAACCACAGUACAAGCAACAAUGGUCAGCUGAACUCGUCGACGCCAACGUCUGGCUCUUCAAUAUCGACCUCCACCACUUCGCCACCCUCCGCACAAACGCCCUCGAUCAUGUUGGGACUAGCCUCUUUAAUACUGGAGGGACGCGCCGUCGCCGAUGAUGAAUAUCAACCACAAAUGAUGCGUAACAUAGCCGCUGGCAAUGAUGCUAGCGGUCUAAGUGGUAAUGGGAGUGGUGUUGGAGCAGGCAGUACUGUUGGGGGCUUACACAAUUACAUCGCCAGCACUUCGUAUGGGGUUAGUGGGAGUGGGAAUGGGAAUGGGAGUGGAAGUGGUGCUGUCGGUGGUGGGCGUCAAUCGCCAACCUGUCGACCAUCAACAUCUCGUGCAGCCGCCAGUUUUGGUGGUAAUGUGGGAAGUGGACUUGUAAUCAACAUAACAACGAAUCCGUAUGCCUUUAAUAACAGUAGCGUGAGUGGUGCGCAUGCACGGGACUCUUCGCCCCUCUACAUCGAUCCAUACAGCAACAGCAGCUCGGGCUCUGCAUCCUCAUCGGCCGAGAGUACACACCAACGUUGGACACAGAAAUUGUGCCAAUUACGGCAAGUAUCGCCAGCCUCAAACCUCAGCACAACAUACGAGCAGCCCGUGGCAGUGGAGGCUCGUGAACCAGAAAUAGUCGCACUUGCUAUCAAUGAAUCUGGUGCUACUGAUCGUGGUGACUUCGAGAUUGUACGACGUACUUUACUCAAUCGGGCAAACUUAAAUGCAAUGAGCAGUACGAUGUCGACGACAGCAGCAGCAGUGAGUAGCAGUACUGGUGCGGGCAGCGCAGGCUCAUCACCUGGCUCAGGCUCUGGCUCAGAAAACUUUUUGUUCUCACUGCAAUCAUUGGCGACGACAUGUCUACGCAGCGGCAGCCCCUCAAUAGAACCUAGUCUGAGUGGUAUGGGUGCAACCGCUACUGGUACAUCCAGUAGCUAUCGUUUUGGGACCAUUUCUGCGUUAUCCUCUCCACCGCCACUUCAUUCGAUGUACAUGUACCGGGCCAACACACCGACAGCCUCAACGACAGCGCAACGCUUCCUUGAACAACCUGGUUCUGGUAGCAGUUGUGGCAGUGGUGUACAGUCACCACGACCACAUUGGUCACCGGCAACAGAUAACAAUAGCAAAUUGCAUACAAGAGAAAGAUAUAUGCGACAUUCGGCAAACACUGGUGGGAGUCGGGGAUUAGGACGCCUACCAUUACCAGGCACAGCAGUCAAUACAACAAUAGCGGCGACGGCAACAGCUACUGCAACAACAAUAAAUAACACAACGAAAGUGGCGGCUGCAGCGGCAAUGGCUGCGGCAACAACAGCGUCCAAGUACCCACAACAGGGACCGCACUGUGAUCAGUUCCUCAAGAAGAUGGGCCUAGCAAAGGGAGAGGCCGCUGAAGCUGAGGACCAUUUCUGUGAUAUGUCUUACGUCAACAUAACUUGCUCCCGUUGGCGAGCGUACUGCCAUAAAAUGGAGGCGAUAAUCGGGCGUGGCGAACCGGUUUGCAUAGAGGUUUACUUGGGACCGGUGAACCACAAAAUUCUACUCGAGCAAUGGAUUAUAACCCAAAGAGAAAAAGUUCCACCGCCCACCAUGAUGCUGCCGUCACUCUGCAGUGCAAUACGCAGCCAAUUGUAUUUUUCUCAAAUCAGUGCCUGGUGUGAUCUGAUUAAGAAAUCGGAUAAAACCAUUUACGAUACCGGCCGUAUUAUCUUUCCCACGCCCACAGGCGCCGCCGGCGAUCUAGCUACACCAGUGGGCAAUGCCGGUGGUGCGGGUAUCAGCAGCAGCAUCAACAUUACACCGGGCACAUCGCCAAAUUCGCAUACGCUUAAUCAGCUCAACAAUGCGCUGCAAGCGAAUCGACGACCACGCCUCAAUAUAUUCUACCGCAUUAAGUCAUUUGACUCCACUGCCUGCUUUAAUUCAAAACCAAACGUACAUAAUUUUCCGAAUGUCAACAUUUCGGAGAAUUGUAGCAUUUCGGUUUGUCUCAAAAGUCUUCCACGCAUCAACGGCGGCAUACCGAAAAUCGGUACAGUAAUGUUAUCCAGUCCUGGAACAACAGCAACAGCGACAGUAACCACAACGACAACGACAACAACAAUGGCGGCAACAACAUCCAAAGAAAUAGCAAAUAAAAUCAAAACAACAAAUGUAGCUACGCCAACAGCAACAGCAACAGCAACAUCAACAACGCUAGCAUGGCCCGGUACGUCGUCGCCUUUGGCAGCUACUUCGGGAACAUCACAUUCGCCGGCAGCGUCCAAAGGUUGUACCAAUAGCAGCGGUCCAGCCGCAUUUCGCAAUGGUAAUAGUUAUCUCAAGUCGGAGGAUACGCCACGCAGCAGUCGUUCGAGCAGAUGUGUCGUUGGGGCUACAGCUGCACCGCCUAAUGUUGCAGCGGUCUCAAAUUCUGCUUCGAUUUCUGCAACCAGUGGCACUUCCCAAUCACGUGUGUUCAUAAAUAGCCCCACUGUUAGCAAUACGUUGCUCACAGCCGCUAGCUCCACCACUUCGACCUCCGCGACGUCUUCAACUUCUAGCUCUGCCGCUUCAAAUGUCUCUAGGGCAUCUGUAUCGAAUAGCAGUAGUGGCGUCGGAGGCAUUGUCAGUGGCAGCUCUAACAGGAACAGUACUGGCGACUGCGGCAGCAGUAAGCAUGGCAAUCGCACCAGCUGCACACCAAGGCACAAAUGUAUAUUUUUUAUAGACGAAGAAGAGCUGCAGGCUGCCGAUGAGGCGGACAGUGAAGUUUUUGGUGAAGAAUACGAUAAUCAAAGUGAUGCGGCAAAUAGCACGGGAGAUAGCAUAACCAGCACAAGUGCUUUCAGUUCGGUCGCUAAUAUGUCACACCGUGAAAAGCAACUGAUGAAGUACCGCAAGCGCAUGUUAAAACGCGAUAAAAAGCAUCACCACCACCAGCGCAAGCCAUUUUCAGCGGCUUCAGAGCCGCCGUGUGAACAGCACGCGACAGUUGUUCCAGAGCGUAGGCAGCAAGAAUGUAAGGCGGUAAAUGGCUGUCAACCAAUGGAGGAAGGCGAUGAGGAUGUUCCAGUGUGUUGCACCGCCACGUUGGCGACGUUGCAUGCACCCACCAGCACACACAUUGAAAUGAUCUCAACGGGCACGCAGACACCACUAAGCUGCUGCCGGCAAUGCGGAUGCGAAAAGACGCUAGUCUGUCUACGUUGCACAACUGCCGGCAACCGCCGAGAGCAAGCCAUAGAUGAUCCCACCGAACAGGAUGUCGACGAUAUGGACGACUCGACGGCAUCGAGCAUCAGCAGCAGCGAGAUUAUACACACGCCACGCAAUAAGGCUGAAUUGUUGCUGCAAGCCAUACAACGCACGCCCAAAGUAGCAGCAGCUAAACACAAGAAAGAACAGCCACGCAAGCCGUGUGGAGCCAAAUCACAAAACGAUAAUCACUUGAACGGUGUGCCAUUGGCGAAUUGUAAUGCAGAUCUCGCGACAGCUGUGGGUUUGGCUGAUCAUAGCAGCGCUGGGGACUUAAAUGGGAGUACUGGUUCGGGUUGUCAAGUUUGCAAACGUCAAAAGACGCAACAUAAUUUUGGCAACAGCAAUACCAAUAGCGCAGAAGUACCUGCCGUAACUGGUGUACACUUGGCUGAUGAAGGCGACGGCGAAGACGACAUUGACGAUGAUACAGAUGAUGAUGGUGGGAAGAGGUAUGGGGAUAUUGCAUUCGCAGUAGAAGACGCCGAAAAAUCAGAUUCAAAUCAAUUGUUUGUUGUUGCCGAAGAAGAACUACCAGCAACGCCACUGUCAGUGCUACCUUUACGCACGGACGUAAUGGAAGAGGAAUCAUUUUCUUCAUCCACUAAAUUGACACCGCAAAUCGAUCGCUGCACACUUUCCAACUCGAGCGAACGCGCCGGCGGUGAUCAGAGAGUUAGUGGCUGCAGACGCACCGAAAAUCGUACACCGCCCAACAUCACCACCCUCAUGGAGGGUGAGUACAUCGAUGAAUCACAAUUCAAAACACCCACCAGUGUAGCCAGCGGUAUUAAGUAUGAAAGUCUACAGCAGCAGGGCGCACAAAAGGCAUUCCAGCACAAGCAAACACCGAAGCCCAAUUUGUUGCAAUUGCACUGCAGUUAUCUUGGGCACGCCGAUGACAACAGCCUGCAGACAGCUCUUGCUGCUGGCGAUGGUUUUGGCGUAUGUUAUAACAACAACGAGUUGCCCAUAAAGCUGCCUUGUUCAACGUCCACCAUCCAAGCACAAAACCAUUCUCAACAUGGCGGCCAUAACGCGUUGCUGUUGCGCAAGGGUCUACCCAAAGUGAACCUCACACCCAUCUUUUGCAAUCCAGUGCCCGCUUCUACUAGCACCAUCCUAUCGAGCAGUCACUCUUCGCCGAUACCCAUCCAUGGUGCUUCUCAUGAUAACACAUUUUCCUUUGAAUCGACAUCGGUCAAUUGCAGCGGCAAUCAACUACAGCUGCACAAUCAACUUAUUCAUUCCAGUAGCGGCAAUGUUUACGGUUCUCCACUCACCACCGAAAUCAAUAAUAUACCUGUGCAAAAGUCAUUUUCGGCACCAACGCUGCCCAAUUCGCCAUCCUUAUCGCCACGUUUUGCCAAACAGGCGGCAAUCUAUAAGCGUCGCUCACGCCAUUUAUCCGAUCGGUCCGAUCGUUCGUCACUUGGUUCAGAUGAACAAUUAUCCGAUGAGGAUUUAGAAAGUGGUAGUAUGUAUAGUCCAGUCACAUCGCCGUUGAAGCAAUGCGCGCGCGUGGCAGCAGCUUUUGGGCGGAAGCCGUUGCUAGGUAAUCUCGAAGAGUCGCUGUUGCAGAAGCGUUUGAUGCCCAAGGUGGAAGUAAUGGGUUUCAAAGUACUACUAGGCGCAUCUGGCGGAUUUUGUCCCACUCAGCUAACUAUACCGGCAGGCGCAUACUUCUACGAAUUGCGAGGCGAGUCGCUGAGUACGCCAUAUGUGUGUGAAAUACGUCUACCACGCAAGGGGUAUUCGGUGCCACGUGUCGGCACUGUGCAAGCAACUCUGUUAAAUCCUGUGGGCACUGUGGUGCGUAUGUUCGUCAUACCGUACGAUAUGCGCGACAUGCCGCCAUUACAUCAAACCUUUAUAAGGCAACGUAUACUGGCCGAGGCCAGUACCAAUGAAGCGGCCACGCAGAAUGUGCGGCAGACCAAUUAUAAUGUGAAGCAGCAAAUCGAUAGUAACGGCAUGGCCUACACUAAUGGCUUUGGCAGCGGUGGUGAUGGAGUUGGAACUCUAAACGUAGACAAUAGCAACAGUGAUUGUUAUCAAAACAACAAUAACAACAAAUCUAAUAAUGAUAAUACCACUAACAAUACCAAAAACAAAUAUCGUCUAUCACCUAGUGGUGGCCUGCAUGGCGAAAGUAAUCUCGGACACUUCAUAUCCGCUGAGCAUAUGAAACGCCUCCGUUAUUCCAUACAUUUGAGAUUCCAAACGUCACGCUCGGGUCGUCUAUCGCUGCACACCGAUAUACGCUUGUUGAUCUCACGCCGCACCGAUUGUGAUACGGCAGCGGCACAUGCCAAGGGCGUUCUAGAGGCGCCCAAUGAUCUCGUCACCGACACCGUUAUGCCGACAAAUCCCAAAUAUAGCGCACGUCAAGACCAAAGUAACGGCGGCAGUUCUGCGGGUAGUAGUAGUAGUACAAAUGUCAUUGCCGCUGCAGCUGCCGCAAAAUAUAGUACAAGUACAACAACAACAACAACAACAACAACAUUAACGGCAACAACAACUAACAACAGUAACGGUAGCGGGAGCAGUAAAAUUUAGUAGUUGGUGCGGGCAGUGCGCACACAAACACAUCAUUAUUUUUUGCUAUUUUGGAAGCAGUUGCGUUUACGUUUGCAACACUGGCACUGCAGUUAUAAUUAAGCAACGAAGAGGUAUCGUAGAGGAGCAGCAGCAGAAGGUGGAGAGCGAGCAGAGACUAAUCAAACAAAACAAAAACAAAAAACACAAAAGCAAGCAAAAACAAUCGGCAACAGCAAACUGUUGGGUUGGAGUGUAGCCAAUUUAUGUAGUGUCAACAUGCUUUUCACCUGCAAUUGGUGUGCAAUAAUAACAACAACAAAUUUGUUUCUUUCUAUUUUUCGAUUUAAGGUAGUACUACACUACUGUGCCAACUAUUUCGAUUUCCAUAAUUUACUUUAUAUAUAUGUACAUAUAUACUAUACCCACCUCAUUUCAUUCAUACACACCUUUCCAACCAGCGAAACACUUCAAUACAAAAUGCUAAGUGUGCAGAAUAUUUUGGCAUUUUGCUUAUUGGCGCCUUCAUUUCCACACACAAAUCAACACUCACUCGUACAUGCGUACAUACAUACAUACAUGCUCAUCAACUAAAUACCUUAUGUACAAUUCGAUACAAAAAUAUUGUGUAAAUUUAUUUAUUUUAUAAAUAUUACUUAAAUAUAAUUUUUUUUUUUAUUAAAGUAUCAUAAACAAUCAUUAUACGAUAUAUUAUAUAUUUUUUAACAAUUGAAAAACAAUACAAAUUGAAAUGAAAUUUGCAAAAUUAUUGAAAAACAAAAACAAUUAAAUAUGAAAUUCUUGAAAUGGAAAUUGCUUGAAGUGUGCGGUAUAUAGUGAAGUUUCAGUUGAAGGUGUCUUUUGAGACUUUUUCUGUCAUACGAUUUUUUUUUUGUGCAGCAUGGCACGUAAAGCAUCGCAUAUUUGUAUAUGUAAGUAGGCGGAUCAAGCUGAAACUAAUAUUCAGUGGAGGUGAUGUUGAUCGGUAUAAAAGCUCAAAGUAAAAUAUCUGAAUCUGAUUGUACAUGCAUAUAAGUAUAGUGCUGAUUGACAAUUAAAUCGGUGGAUGCAAGGCUUAAGAAAAAAUGGAAUAUGUGCUACGCCUUCGCUAAUUCACUAAUGCAAAUUUUAAUUGCAUUCUAUAAUUAAUUUCGAAAAAGGCGCAUCAAAUAUUAUUUGCUUCUUUUUUGUUUUUUGUUUUUUUGUAAUCCACCGCUCUACCUAUGUAUGAAUGUGUGGCCGGUUGCUGCUGCCGUGGCGCAAGGCGGGCUUGUUUCUCUUCCCUUUUUAUGUAGUUUUAUUCGUUGUUUUUCACAUCGAUUUCGAAUUUUUGUUGAAAUGUGAAUAUGUGCAAACGCUAAUAUCGAUCCAUUUUGUAUGAAUGUAAGUUAGUUAUAUGUAAGUAUGUAUCGGAGUAAGUGUGCAUGUGUGUGGUAGCACUAUUUAUUAAUUUUUGAUAAUUUUUUUAUGUUGCUAUUAACAAUAUAUUGUGCUUUUCGAAAACCAAACCUGUUAACAGUGAAUUGUCAAAGAGCCCAAAUUGAAUUGGCAAAGUCAAACAAGAUGAAUAGCGAAACUAAUGAUAAAAAUGUUUUUUUGUUUUUGUUUUUGUAUUUCGUUUUAAUAAGCUUUCAAGUUUUCGAAAAAUCGGGAUAUUCAAUUUCUUUUUCUCUUCGUUUUUGUUUUAAAAUAACGUGCAUAGUAUAUUGAACUAACCCUCAAAUUUUUAAUUUACCUUGAGUCCAAUUUUGUGCCCAAGAAAAUGUUGUAAUAAAAAAUGACUGAAAAAAUGAGUAACGCUUGGCGCCAGGUCUAGGCUAUAAGGCGAAUGCGAUGCAACCUCUCAUCCAAGCACGCGGAGAUUUUGAUGUGUCGCAAACGGUUCUUUUGCGUCACUUCGUUUGGCACCCGCCCGUAUAUGAAGCUUCUGCUUGAGAUGAUUUGCAGUAAUACACUUUGACAAGAGAAUACUAAGAGGUUUUCUUAGUGCUUAUUGACACCUAAAUAUUUAUUUAGUGAGCUCAAUGCUGGUUUGUUAAUAAAACAACAUUUGAUAGUUGUUGCCAUUAUUUAUUUGUUGAUAAAUCGUCACAUAUUUUUUUAAAUUUAUUAAAAUUUUUUUUGAAAUUCCUUAAAUUGUUCUUUAAAUUCCUUAAUUUUGUUUCCUAAAUUUUUUUUUUAUUUCUCAAUUUUUUUUGAAUUCGUUAGUUUUUUUGAACUCGUUAAUUUUUUUUAAUUCUUAAAAAUUUUUUCUCAAUUUUUUCGUUUUAAAUUCUUUGCAAAUGUUAAAUUUACAAAAAACAUUCACUUUUGUUUCUAUUAAAUACAGAAUACGCGAGCUUUUUUUUAAAGUUCUGUUUUACUAAAAUAUUUUCUAAACUUAUUUCUUUAUCAUUUUUACUGAUUUCCGUUAAUAGCAAAUAUGUACAAUACAUAUGUACAUACAUAUAUUAAUUGUGUGUGGGUGUGUUAGUGAAAGUGUGUAUGUAAGCAUUUCUGUGAUACGAUAUGAGCGUAUUGCAUUUACGAUAUUUGACGAAUAAAAUGAAAGUGAUUUUUAUGUAUAAACAAAAACUAA